ACAACAUCUCUUACUGCCAUGCCCUCCCAGCGCCAACCCACCAACAGCCGCUCGGCUUCGCGCUCCCGCGCCAACUCGAGUUUUUUUGACGAACCAGAAGAUGACAGACCCGACCUUCCCGAACCUCAGGACUCGAGACACGAGUGGGGCCGAAUUCUCAUUUGCGGUGGGAUGGACUGGGAGCGCAACGCAACUCUCCCCUCGACCAAGGAGGGAGGGAAGGGAAUCCAGCUGCAGAUAGAAGAUCACGUCGUGCCAGUCAAACCACGGUACAUGUCCCAUUUGAAGAUCACCAAGGUCAUUAGCGGGCCCCGGGCCAACUACACGAUUGUCAUCGAUCUGGCGGGAACGGCGCAUGUGUUUGGGCGGGUACCAUACUUCGGCAUGGUGAAUCCCACCCCGCGCAACAAGUGGCACGUCGUGUCCUGCGACGAGCCCCUGCACGUUCCCGGGCCAGACGGUGGGAAGUGGGAAGGAGGUGCGGUAGGCGAGGCGCACUUCCUUCUUUUCUCAGGCAACAAGGUGUAUGGCGCGGGUGAUAAUCGAGGGAGUCCCUUGGGUCUUACAGGCGAGUAUUAUGCCGACCUGGAGCGGAUUCGAGGACCUUGGGAACGCGGACGGACAAUCCGCCAAGUUGCAACAGGGCAGACGUUCAGCCUUUUUCUUGACUCGGCGGGCUACGUCUAUGCCGCGGGCAAGAGCGAGUUUGGUGUCCUCGGGAACGGCUCUACUGGCGAGGUGCUGUUAAAAGGCGGCAAAAUCGGCUUCACCUACCAGGCCCCUCCGAAGCGCAUUAAAGAAUUUGGCAACAAGCGUAUCGUAUCCAUUGCGUGUGGGAACUACCACGCCAUCGCGCUCGACACGGAGGGGAUCUUCUACUCUUGGGGCAGCAACCAGUAUGGACAACUCGCGCAGGAACAUGUCACCGAGUCGCUUGUCCCGGUGCCCUUUGACAGCUGCAGGCAUCCUGUUACGGCUAUUUACGCGGGGCCGGCGAGCAGCUACAUCAGGACCGAAGGCAACGAUACCCAGAUGUGGGGCACGGGCAAGUUCAAGCUCGUUGGACGAGGCUCAUCGUCUGCUCCAUACCGGGACUUUGAGGAUCUCGAGGUGCCCAGAAAUGCGCAAGACUUCGGCGUGGGGUUCAUCAGCCACUUUGUGACGGUCAUCGGUGACGAUGAUGUACAGCGGACCUACGCAUGGGGACAGGGCGCUACGCAUGGCGAGCUGGGCCUCGGCGCCGAUUUCCUGAGUGCAAGCGAGCCAACGCCUAUCGAACAGCUGGAAAAUAUCGAGGUACUCUCCAUUGCACCCGGCUUGGUGCACACUGUUUUCUUAGUCAAGCCGGACGAGACGCUCGAGGAACGCAUCGGCAACGCGGCAGCCAGCUCCAGCGAAGAGGAAGAGGAGCCCGUCAAGACGGGCCCUGGUCGCCAGCCGGGCCGCGGGAAGGGCAGGGGUAAUAGAGGCCGUAUCGGCGGGCGCUCACGGGCAUCCUACGUUGGCGCGUUCCGCGAGAAGGACAAGGAGAAGCAGGCAAAGGCGAAGGACCGAGAACGGAAGAAGAACAAGGAGAAGAAACUAGCGAUCGAGCGGUGGCCGCCCAUCGAAUCGGGCGACCUCUGCUUGAACUGCGACGAAGGCGAGAGAGACGAUCUGACAUUUCUCGAAUGCGAGCGUUGCGAGGAGGGAUACCACAUGGACUGCCUUCGUCCGCCCCUGUGGGAGUUACCUGAUGGGGAGUGGUUCUGCCCCCGUUGCGAGCAGAGCGCUUAUGAGUGGAGUCACCCGCAGCCCGAGGAGCCCGACGAGCUGGACAGUGAUAGCACGGGGCCUGACGAGGCCGCGUAAGUUGUAUCUAUUAGACACAUGUACUGCUGCAUGCAUGCUUUCUUC